GAAGACCAUACGUGGUUAGGCUAUGUCAAGGACGUCGGAUCAACAAAAUACGACAGAUCUCUGCUAUGGGACAUUGUGAAUACAUCUCAACAGCAUGUGCAACUUACCCCCAAUCGGCCUCCAGGCGCUCGAAGCUCGAGGGAACUUGUCGAAGAAGCGAGAAAACGUAUAGGUCGCCUCACACCUAUUUUGGCACUCUGGGAGAUGAAGGACGCAGCGCCACCUGCACCAGUCAUACUGGUGGACAUUCGCAGUGAUGCACAGCGUGCUGAACAGGGCAUUAUACCCGAUGCAUUACACAUUGAUCGAGUUUCUCUGGAGUCGACAUUUGAUCCACAGUCUGAGACAGGACGUAUAUUUGUGAAUCGAUAUGACGUUCGCAUUAUCCUGUUCGACCAAGACGGCUUCGCAUCGUCGCUUGCAGCAGCGACACUGCAUGAUAUUGGAUUACUGAAUGCGACCGACAUUAUUGGUGGUUACAAAGUGUGGAAGGAAUUGGGCCUUCCUACAUCUACAGUUCCGAGUCAC